UUAGUAGGCUUGGCAGGGGCUCCUCCUCACCACCAUCGCCGCCAUCGCCACGGUCAGCGUCACCGCUCCCUUCAGAGCAUGACAGGCUUCGCUGGGCAUCCUCAUUCCAUGGUUCCCUCGCACACCGGGGAGUACGCUGCAGAAUCCCGCCUUGGGCUGAGUCCAUUCCGGUCAGAACACAUGGGACACCAUCUCCAUCACCACCACCACCAUCACCACCAUCGCCAGCACGCUCCUCCUCCUUCUCACCACCACCACCACCAUCAUCAUCACUCAGCGGCCCUUAAGCUCAGCCCUGCCCCUCAGUCUCGUCCCCACCAAGCUGUGACAGGCCAAGCUGAGGUGGCCCCCAGUCCAGCGGGAGUCGUUGGCCCGGCGCAGGCAACCAUCGCCCCUUAUGCACUCCCUCACCCAAGGCAAGCUCUUUCUGCGGCAGGUAGGGAUUUGCUCCUGCGCCGAGACCUGACAGCCCCAGUCAUGCCAGGGCUUCCUUAUCACCACUCUGCUGCUCCAAGUUCUCAUCAUGGAAUGUUUGUCUCAACAACAGGUAGCUACCCCGGACACCAUGCUCACCACCACCAUCUCCACCACCACCACUCAGAAGCCGGGACUCACUCUCUUUUUACUGGACUCCACCAUGAGCAACCUCCCCAUGAAGCUCCAGGUGGCCGUCUAAACGGACAAAUAAGACUGGGGCUACCUGGAGAAAUGUAUGCCAGGUCUGAGCCUUUUACUCCAGUGCCCGUCUCCAGGACAGAUCCUUUCGCUGCUUCCUCCUUCCACGGCUAUAGUGGUAUGAACCUGAACUUAGCACCACAUCACGGCCCUGGGGCUUUCUUCCGCUACAUGAGGCAGCCCAUCAAGCAGGAGCUCAUCUGCAAGUGGAUCGAAUUGGACCAGACUCCCAAAAAAUUAUGCUCUAAAACUUUCAGCACCAUGCACGAGCUGGUGACUCACGUCACGGUGGAGCACGUCGGCGGGCCCGAGCAGUCCAACCACAUCUGCUUCUGGGAAGAGUGUCCCCGGGAAGGGAAGCCGUUCAAGGCCAAAUAUAAACUGGUCAACCACAUCCGCGUCCACACGGGCGAGAAGCCUUUCCCUUGCCCUUUCCCGGGAUGCGGGAAAGUCUUCGCUCGCUCGGAAAAUCUCAAAAUCCACAAAAGGACGCACACAGGGGAGAAGCCCUUCAAGUGCGAAUUCGAAGGCUGCGAGAGACGCUUCGCCAACAGCAGCGACCGAAAGAAGCAUUCCCACGUGCACACGAGCGACAAGCCGUACAACUGCAAAGUGAGAGGCUGCGACAAGUCGUACACGCACCCCAGCUCCUUGCGGAAACACAUGAAAGUCCACUGCAAGUCCCCUCCUCCCAGCUCCGGCUACGAGUCGUCCACCCCGUCGCUGGUGUCCCCGUCGUCGGACUGCGGCCGGGAGCCUCCUCAGCCGCCGCCGCUGCCGCCGCCGCCACCACCUCCAGCUGCAGCGGCCUCCUCCACCCAGGCGGCAGCUAACCUGAGCGAAUGAUGUCUGUCCCGUUGCUCUCAAGGUAAUCUAGACAGAGGCAGCUGAAAAGCCCCGCAUCUUAUGCCUUAGACAUCAAAGCAGGCUCCCACAAUGAAAGUAUUUCUUCGCAACGGUGAAUCUUCAUGCAGAUUUUUUGAAAAUCACGUGCCCACUGUGGUUUCAUCGAUACAUUGAAAAGGAUAAAUGAUGAUCUUCAAGGCUAAGAAAGCAUUUUUUUGCUAGGGAAAUAAUCACCACUUUCCACCCAAGUAUUUUAUUUUUACAAAUAUUUUCCAGAAUUGUGACUUUUAAAAAAUAACGCUGAAAUUAAUUCACCGGCUAAAGUAACCUACUUUUCAUAAGAACAAUUUAUUAGUCCCACUACAUCCCCCCCCUCCCCCCAUCUUGGAACACUCCUGGCUGUGUUAUAUCUUCUGCGUUUCAAUGCACAUGCGCAUUGACUGAAGAGAAUAACUUCAAAGCCUGCGCCUUACACGGAGGCAGCACUUGGCUUUCUCUGGCUGAGAAAUAUGACCCGUGUGUGGCCGGAGCGGAGAGCUCGUGUCCCACUAAAAUAAUUUGGAGUUGCUUCUCCAGCAGAUCUACGUGGGGUCCCGCUGCUUUCUUCCAAUCCUAAUCAGGCACCCUCACUAAAACCCAAAGAGAUCCAUUUUCAAGUACAUGACUAUGUGAAACAUCUGGAGGAAUGGGGUGGGAAGCCCUUUUUCGAUAUACGUAUGGUGUUUACUUCCGAGAAAACAUAGCUAAAGUAUGUGGUUUAGCUUUGUUAAUCCCGCAGCUUGCUGGGCUGUCUUUUUGACCUCUGGCUCAUACAUCUGCGGCGACAGAGAAACGAAUCUGGAGGUAGUAGGAAGGGUCAAAAGAGAGUUAAGAUACUGUGCUGGGGAUUUGGGAAGGGCCAGCAAGGAAGUGUGGAAGUGUGAAGGCAGGAUGCACAGAAACCUUUCUUUGGUCUCUAAUGAGAAAGAGACGCUCCGAAGUAUAAACCUUCAUUACAUCCGGCUGUAGCCGGCAAGCAAGAGAAGGUCCCCUCUGACCAGGUGGGGAGAGCCGUGCGGGCAUUCUGUCCUGGUCCAUCUUGCGGCUGCCUUUUCCUUCCUUCAGUGCCUCGCUCUCCCGCCGACCCCCUGCGCCCAUUUUGGAGGCUCGCCUCCCCCUGUUGCUCCCUAGCACCGAUCCCCAAGCAAGCCUUGGCAUUGUGCGAGCGCAUUAAUUAGAGACCAUUCAUUUCACAAAAGGCCAUUUGUAUCUUUAGGAAAUGAAGAUUAGAAAUAUGAAUCGGGGGAGCUGCUCCCCGUUUCCGCCUAAGUGUACCAGAGCGGAGUCUGGGCGGGGUGGUGGAAAGGAGAGGAGGAGCAGGAGAUGGAGGAGGAGAACGAAGCUUCGGUGUCUUUGCACCUCCUUAAUUGAAUGCCCAUCAAAAGGAAUCGGUUGCGUUUCCCAUUAGAAGUGCAGGGUCCCGGUGGUCGUAGUGAUGGUGGAUCGCCCCCCUCCUUCCCCACUUCUUUGUGCUAUAGAGAAAGUUAGAGACAAGAGCAGCGCCAUGGGAAGUGAGUGCUAACGUCGCCCUGGACUCCCACACCGGUGCCUGCCAAUACAUGUCCGCUCUUUGCCUACAGGGCUACCAAUUUCUCGAGAACGGAAGUUGGCCACCCCACAUGGCAUGCACAGGCCGCCACUCUCCCCAGUAACUGAUGUGAAAUGGUUGCUGCCGUCCAGAGGGUGGAGCGGAGACGAGGAACGGAACGGCGUGAAGUCGAGUAACGCACUGCUUUAAGGGGGAAAGUUCCUGCAAUAAUCCUUCCCAAUACUCCGAAAUCUGUUUCGGAGGAAGUGGUUUAUAGUUCGCAGCCUAUAGGAAAAAUGAAGGUUUUUCCCCUAUAUUUUUCCUAUAUUUUUUCCUAUACUUUUCCUAAUAUUUCUUCUCAUUUUCUUGGCUCCUUCCCAUUGUGUUCCGUCAAGGUUAACUAAGGCACCUUUGAUGUAUUGGGAUGUCCACGUGUCUUUUGCAUUUUCACACCGAUUAGAAAUAGGCGGCAAAGUGGCCCAAGUACACAGAGGCUUCGGUUGUACAAUCGGCCAAAACAUGCAGGUUGCCAGUCGCUUCAUGAUGAUUAUAUUCGUGUACGGGGAUGAAGAUUCAUGAGAAUUUGGGCCCCGAUCCUAAACGCUAGCUGGGGAGCAAACUUCAUUGAACGCGGUGAAACUUGCCCAGGAUUGAGCAAGAUUACUCUCUACCACCAUAUACAACCAAUAAGUCAAAGUCUGUGAAACAGGACAGGAGCAAAACCUGGAUUUCAGUGUGCAGAAACAGGGUGAAUUUGACGAAAUCACACUGUGUUGGAGAUGUUUCUGCACAUAAUGAUGUGGAUAGCCUACGUUAACAUCUUGAUGUAUCAGUAUCGUUGUUGUGAUAUUCUUGUCGCUCUUGUUGAUAUACGCAUCAUUAGGAACUUUACCUUGUAUUCACAUUGAAUCAUAUUUUGACCACAUGCUUUGAAAUAAUGAAAUCUACUCUUGAGUAUGACUAUGACUGGCCUGGAUGCAACUUUCUUGACAACGGAAGGAAGCACUGACAGAACCCAAUCAGAGUCAAGCUUACAGAAUCAAAAGGGGUUUUAAAAUAUUAUAGCCUAUAGUUUCUGUUACCUCCCCCCCCACACACACACGCACGU